CGGUACGGAGUAUGUAUGUACAAAAUGGUUGAAUCUGGGGGCCAGUUUUACUACAUGACACAGGUAGACACGCCCCCCAUCGGAUGAUCGGGACUGAGCCACCCUGGGCAAUACCGUCCAGGGUGGAGGGAGGUUGGGUUCUUGGAACAGUAUAUUGGUCUACUCCGUAUCCGAAGAGGUCCAAGGUCCUGUAAACGCCUUGGCUUUAUCCAAUUUCACAAUACCGCCUUCCCUGGUGUCUUGUACGGAGUACAAUCUUUCUCUUCUCCCUUUGGCCACAUCGUGAAGUCAGCAUCAAAACAAACCGAGACGAGAAGUGCCAGAUUCAUCAUGUCCAACCUCUUCGAUUCAAAUUCGUAUUAUCUGCUAUCUUCUGAUCGAUAUCCCAAAGGUGUAUACCUAAAUGACGGCGGCCACAAUCCAGAAGACAUCCCGGCGGCGUUGUUUUUAGAUUCGAAAGGUGUCUCGUCUCAAAACUGGCAGGUCUUCUUCCAAGAAGGCGUUUAUUUCCUUCGAAAUUACGACUAUGGCGCCGGCUAUCAGCUCGCCCUCAAAACUGCCGCCGACUCAAAACCUCAACUACUACCUUCGAGCGGAGACCUCACCCAACAAUGGAACAUUACCGUCUGGCCAGACGGCACCAGGAAACUCGUCAACAUGGCUGUCGGGGUUUUUCAGUAUCUGGGCGUGAGCAACAAUUCCGCUGCAGACAUCAUCCCUGUGAUGAACACGGCCGAGGAUGGCAGUCAUUGGACAUUCGAUAUCAACAGCUCGGCAGGUGAAGUCAGUGACGCGAUGGCAUCACCAAUGUCGUCGAUUGCCAAAGCCACCACUACGGCAGCAGCCACAUCCACAGCACGAUCCGCGACGACACCAGCGACAGCGACGGAAUCAUCUACUACCGCAGCGCCAGUUGUGGCGUCCGCUACGUCAAAAUACAAUUCACUUUCUGGAGGCGUGAUAGCAGGUAUCGUAGUCGGUGCCGUGGCCCUGAUUGCGUUUCUUGUCGCCGCUUUCCUCGUGUGCUCGAGAAAAAGGAAACGAGCAAGAGCUAGGCAACACACAUCCAGUACCAUACCCCCAACAGUCGAAGCGUCAAAAUACAGUGACAUCCCGUCAUCAGACGGACAUAGUAUGUACACCAAGCAGGACCAAAUGUCGCAGCACCACCACCACCAGCAUGCUGAACUCGUUACAGAUAAAAAGGCAAGAACAAGAACGAAUGUACAAGGAGGUGCCGUGGAGAUGGCUUGACAAUACGGAGUACACAGGUGCAAAAGGUUUUGGUUUGAGCGGGAGAACAAGUCAUGAAGAUUCGUUGAUACCACCUUCUUUAUUCUACAAACGACACAGCCGGCAAAUGUUUGAUCUUACUGUUUAUCCAUGCCAAUCGAUUUUUUUUUCACCC